GCCACCGGCGCCACAGAGCACUCGAGAAAGCCGAUGGCUAUGUUAGGGGAAGACCGGCUGGACGGCUGGGCCUAUUACGGGCUUUGAACAGGUCAAAAUCCGGCCUUUUUGCCAGAUCUGAUGCGUUUUAUAUUAUCUUCCCAUUUUUCUUCAUCUCUUGGCCAUAGGUGAUAACCUACACCGUAUUUCUUCACUCCUUCUCUAGUGUCUGACUGUUAUAUGCAAUCAAUAUUGGAUCUCUAGCCGGUUAGGUGCAGCUCACUUAUCGAGCCGCUUUCAUGGACGUCUUAACGACGAUGUUGGGAUAGUUUUAAAUAAGUUUAGCCUAGCUUUGCACAGUGCCUUAACCUCGGCGCCAUAUCAGUCUGCAGUGGCUUAGACUCUUAUCGAUCGGAGUUCUUCUUGAAGCAAUUGUCCUACGCAUUGAUAUUCUUUACUACCAUAUGAGUUUUGCCCACGAUGUCUAGAUCCCGACAAAUAGCACCAAGUGGGACAUCCCAGGUUGAAUCGGUGCCUCAACAGCAUAACAAUACAGCAACUGUUCGAGUUCCAGCCACACUCAGACUAAGAGCAGAAAACGAACCAACUGCCGAGUCUAACACUGAGGGCAGAGGCUUGCACCGGCAUAUACGAUGGAGUGAGGAUGUGAUAGAUAACGAAGGUAUGGGGAAAAGGAGCUCUAAAGUAUGCUGCAUCUACCAUAAAGCUCGUCCUGUCGGUGAAAGUAGUUCAGAGUCAGAGUCAGAUUCUAAUUCAUCUGACCCCGAUAGCGAUAAUGAGAUAGAUAAUCCCAGGAACAGCCUGGACCGUUCGUCGGUGCAUCAUAAUACCGACAAUCAUUCCCAUGAGCAAGAAUCUGAACAUGACAGGGAGAGAGGGCGGCUAACACGUUGCCCAAAUCACGGUAACAGAAAGCUUAAGCGGAGGAGACCAAGUCCCAAUGCGUACGAGAAGAUGCCUAAGACGACAAAAGGGCGCUAAAGGAUAUAGCCUUCGUGGUUAUGGCAAAGGGUCGGUCUAAUUUGCAAUACUCAGCAAAAUUUAACUGGUGUAGCAGCUCUCGCAUCUUGUCAGUAUACGUUGUGUAGAGUUAGCCAUUACAGUCGUUCCCAAGAGAUCCGUCUUCUCAGCUGGUUGACAACGAAAAGGCGAUGGGGCUGAGACAAG